CGAAUAAAGCAAAAUAGUAAUUUUCGGAAAAAUGUUAAAUCGAAAAAAGUAGUAACACUAACAACAGCGUUAAUCGAUAACUGCAGAUGUUUCGCAUGUACACACUUACGAAGUUACCGGACUGUCGACAUAUUUUGCUUGCAAAAACAAAAGGAAUAUAAACAAAAAUUAAACGGAAAACACACUUUGAUUGAAAAUCCUAAGAUGUCAAUGAUACCAUUCUUUCCCAAUCUUAAGCCAUCGGUGGCGAAUCGCUUUUGGUUUGACGUCGCCACCGACGACGAGGCACAAACAAAGCGUUACGAGGAUGAGCGCAGAAAUUGGCGUGAAUCGCUGAAGACUGCAGCCACGGACUUACAGCCACUUGGCAAGGUGCUGACUAUGCCCGGCAUCGAGACCGACGACGAGGAUGCAAACGAUGAUAGUGAGGAUACAGACAGUCACGACGAGGAAGACGACGAGACCAACGACCGUGUUAUUCCAGUCACCCAGGACUUUUAUUCAGCCGAUGACAUACAAAUGAAUGACGAGACAUCGCCAACAGCUCCCUAAGAAAAUUGAAAAUUGGGCAACGCAUUUCAUAGAUACACCAUUUAGUUAAUUACGUUCUUGCGACUACAAAGGUUCCCUUUACAAACUGUAUUAACAAAUGUCGUUUUACUUUAAGCUUAAAUAAAUUAGAAACAAUAAGCCAAAAAUAUUGUUGUUGAAGGGGCGUCAAAGGAUGUACAAACAAGUUGCGGUUGCUAUAGGCCAAGAAACAAUUGCUCUCUUUCUAUUUACUUAUGCAACGCUGCCGUCUCCAGCUUGGGCGCCGGCUUCGAGGCAAGACCUGACAGCAAUUUCUUGAUCUCGGCAAUGGCGCGACCAGGAUUCAGACCCUUGGGACAGGUGCGUGUGCAGUUCAUGAUGGUGUGACAGCGAUACACGCUGAAGGGAUCCUUAAGCUUGCUGAGACGCUCAACAGUGUUCUCGUCACGCGAAUCAAUGAUCCAGCGAUAAGCCUGCAUCAAUACAGCGGGACCUAAGUACUUCUCCGCAUUCCACCAGUACGAUGGGCACGAGGUGGAGCAGCAGGCGCACAAGAUGCACUCGUACAAACCGUCCAGCUUGGAACGAUCCUCAA